AUGGACAACACCGAGGAAGCCGUUUACGAUGACGUGCCGAGGGAGGAGUCGGACUCUGAGCCAGAUGAGCUGAUCUACGACGACGUGGAGAACGGAGACGAGGGUGGGAACAGCUCGCUGGAGUACGGGUGGAGCUCCAGUGAGUUCGAGAGUUACGGGGAGCAGAGCGACUCCGAGGGCAGGAACGGGGUCCCCCGGUCCUUCCUGCGCAGCAGCCACCGGAAGCAGGUGCAGAAGCUGAUGAAGGCGGCCAAGGAGGGCACACGGGACGGGCUGGAGAGGACCAAGGCCGCCGUGAAGAAGGGCCGCUCCUUCAUCAGGACCAAGUCCUUCGUUUCCCCAGACUCCAGGCCGGGCCUGGAGGAGGAGCAGAGCCUGUUCAUCGACGUGGACUGCCGGCACCCGGACGCUGUGCUCACCCCGAUGCCCGCCGGGCUGUCCCAGCAGCAGGUGGUCCGGAGGUGCAUCCUGGGCUCCAUUGUGGACAGCGAGAAGAACUACGUGGACGCCCUCACACGGAUCCUGGAGCAGUACGCGCGGCCGCUGGCGGAGACGGAGCCGCGGGUGCUGAGCGAGCGGAAGCUGCGGGUGGUGUUCCACCGGCUGCGGGAGGUGCUGCAGUGCCACCGCCUGUUCCAGAUGGCGCUGGCCAGCCGCGUGGCCGAGUGGGACGCCGUGGAGAUGAUCGGCGAUGUCUUCGUGGCCUCGUUCUCCAAGUCCAUGGUGCUGGACGCCUACAGCGAGUACGUGAACAACUUCAGCGCGGCCGUGGCCGUGCUCAAGAAGGCCUGCGCCACGAAGCCCGCCUUCCUGGAGUUCCUCAAGCAGAGCCAGGAGUCCAGCCCGGACCGCGUCUCGCUCUACAGCCUGAUGACCAGGCCCAUCCAGAGGUUCCCGCAGUUCAUCCUGCUGCUCCAGGACAUGCUGCGGAACACGCCCCGCGGGCACCCCGACCGGCUGCCCCUCCAGAUGGCGCUGACGGAGCUGGAGACGCUGGCGGAGAAGCUGAACGAGAGGAAGCGCGAGGCGGACCGGCGCUGCGAGAUGAGGCAGAUCGCCAAGGCGGUGAACGAGCGCUACCUGAACAAGCUUCUCAGCAGCGGGAGCCGGCACCUCAUCCGCUCGGACGACGUGAUUGAGACCGUGUACAACGAGCGCGGGGAGGUGCUCAAGACCAAGGAGCGGCGGCUGCUCAUGCUCACCGACGUGCUCAUGUGCGUCACCGUCAGCGCCCGGCCGGGCCAGGACAGCCACGCGCUGCUGCUGCCGGCCGGCCAGCGGCACCUGCUGAAGUGGAGCGUGCCGCUGGGCCACGUGAUGGUGGUGGAGUAUGGCCACCCCGAGGGCGCCGCCGAGCACCCGCCCGAGCACCUGGCCGUGGCGGCCAACGCCAAGCCACACAGAGUCCCCGCGGGGCCCGGGCAGCUGUACCAGGACCUGCAGAACCUGCUGCAUGACCUCAGCGUGGUGGGGCAGAUCGCCCAGCUCGUGGGGGACCUGCGGGGGCACUACCAGAACCUGAACCAGGCCGUGGCCCGCGACUGGGCGUCGGGGCUGCAGAGGCUGGUCCUGCGGAAGGAGGAGGAGAUCCGUGCGGCCGACUGCUGCCGGCUGCAGCUGCAGCUCCCGGGCAAGCAGGACAAGUCCGGGCGACCCACCUUCUUCACGGCCGUGUUCAGCACCUUCUCGCCCGCCUGCAAGGAGUCCUGGCUCAGCAGCCUGCAGAUGGCCAAGCUCGCGCUGGAGGAGGACAACCACCUGGGCUGGCUCUGCGUGGAGGACGACGGCAACCAGCUCACCAAGGACCGGCACCCGCUGCUCGUGGCGCACAUGCCUGUGCCCGUGGCCAAGCAGCAGGAGCUCAAGAUGGAGUGUGCCGUCUACAACCCCGAGCCCCACCCCGGCCGCGCGGGCCGGCCGGACCCCCCCGGCGCAGCCCGGGGCUUCCUCUGGAUCGGCAGCUGUGCGGGCCAGAUGGGCCAGGUUGCCAUCGUCUCCCUCCACAACGCCACGCCCAAGGUCAUCGAGUGCUUCAACGUGGAGUCCCGCAUCCUGUGCAUGGUGCACCCGCCCGCCGGGCACGGCCCCCCGCCCAGCCCCGCCCCCGAGCCCGGGGCCACGGCCGGCACCGCCGCGCUGGGCGUGCCCACCGUCUGCCUGGGCACCGAGGAAGGGAGCAUCUCCGUCUACAAGAGCAGCCCGGGCGCCAAGAAGGUGCGGCUGCAGCAGUUCUCCGCGCCCGGCAAGGCGGCCGUGCUGAGCCUGGCCUGCUCGCCGCACAGCCUGUACGCCGGCCUGGUGGACGGGGCCGUGGCCGUCUACGCCAAGGCUCCAGACGGGUCCUGGGACCCGGAGCCCCGGAAGGUGAUCAAGCUGGGCGUGCUGCCCGUGCGGAGCCUGCUGGCGGCCGAGGACACGCUGUGGGCGGCCUCGGGGGGCCAGGUGUCCGUCAUCGGCGCGGAGACGCUCGCCGUGGAGAGCCAGCUGGAGGCGCACCAGGAGGAGGGCAUGGUGGUCGCGCACAUGGCCAUCGCCGGCGUGGGCAUCUGGAUCGCCUUCACCGCCGGGUCCACGCUGCGCCUCUUCCACACGGAGACCCUCAAGCACCUGCAGGACAUCAACAUCGCCACGCCCGUGCACCACCUGCUGCCAGGGCACCAGCGGCUCUCGGUGACCAGCCUGCUCGUCGGCCACGGCCUGCUGAUGGUGGGCACCAGCCUGGGGCUCGUGGUGGCGCUGCCCGUCCCCCGCCUGCAGGGCGUCCCCAAGGUGACAGGCCGCGGCAUGGUCUCCUACCACGCUCACCACGGCCCCGUCAAGUUCCUGGUCAUGGCCGCCGCCGCGCCCAGCGCCGACAGGGACACGGCGGGGGACAGCCCGCCGCCCGGCCCGGAGCCCCCCGAGGAGGACCGGGGGGGCGCCGCCCCCAGCGAGGGCCCCGACGCGGCCGCCGUGUGGCUGGGGGGCUCGCCGGGCUCCGGGCCGCACCGGAGCCGCAGCACCCCGCCCGGCGGAGGGCGCCGCGCCUGCAGGCCCCGGGUCAGCUCGGUGCUGGUGGCCUGCGGGGGCCAGGGCCACCGGCGGGUGGGCAGGCGGCCCCGGCAGCAGCGGCCCGAGGAGCCGGCCUCCUCCCUCAUGGUCUGGCAGAUCCCCCUGCUGCUCGUGUGA